AUGAGCAGUUUAUAUCAACAGGGCCAAACUCAGCUGCAUAACAUGCAUAUUCAACUCAAGGCUACCCAUAACUACAUCCAAGCAACUGCUGAAGAUACACGACGCCGAUACCUUGCGAUAGAGAAUGAGCUGAAUCUAGAACGGGAGGCAAACGAGCUUGUCAACCAGCAAUUAGCAGAGCUGGAAGAACAUCACUGCGAGCUUUUGAAGAAAUAUAAGAGCGCCGAGGAACUCCGAGAAGACCUCAGCAAGUAUAUGAACAACUCAGACAUGUUUGCCAACGAGGUUGCUAGGCGAGCCGAAAGCCUAGUGAACGAUCUUCAAGCCAAGCUGGCCGGAGGACAAGUGGCGGAGUUGCAGAAUGGCCAAAGCAUUAGUGAAAUGAUCCUAGAGUCAGCCAAGAAUGCACUUCUUGUAAGAGCCAUUUCUGGUCAACAUUCGGAGGAGAACCCGCUUACGCCAUUGGAGUACAUUACGGAUCAAAAUGUGGUCUUGCAGCAACGUAACAUGGACCUUUCUAUACAAGUUGAGAGUCUGUCUAAGCAAGUAGAAGAUGGGAAGAAUGAGGUUGCGAACCUCGUCAAGGCUCUUGAACUCACGGCUGGAGACGGGCGGCGAAAAAAACCACGGAGGGGAAAGAUGUCGCAGGAGAAGAAGUAA